AUGGCCCAGCACUCAAAUUUCGAUCGAAGGCGAAUAAACGGGCCCGAAUCAAGCUCAUAUCCUAUAUUCGAGAACAAUGAAGAAGAUAAAAUACCAACAAUAUCUCGCACAACGCGCAAAAACGACGAAAUCCGGCCUAUUUUCCUCCAGCUGGGUCUAGUGAGCCAAGCGAACGGGUCAGCCUACAUCGAAACGGAAAAAACCAAGGUUGCUGUCGCAGUGUAUGGACCUCGGGAAAUCAAAGCGGGUUCAACCUAUACGGAGAAUGGUCGUUUAAAAGUGGAAGUCAAGUUCUCUCCGUUUUCAUGUAAACGAAGGAGGGCUCCUAUUCGAGACGCAGAAUCGCCGACAUUGGCCUCACAGAUCCACCAGUCCCUUCUUCCCGCUGUGCGACUAGAACUUUUUCCAAAAUCACAAUUGGACGUAUACGUGCAUAUCCUCGAGGUGGACGGCAUCGAGUCCUGCGUGGGUGCGGCCGCGACGGCAGCUAGCGCGGCCUUGGCCGACGCUGGAAUCGACAUGCUUGGAUUGGCGGUCAGCUGCACAGCUGCCAUUAACCGCUCGGUAACGGGCUAUGCAGAACUGUUAUUGGAUCCCAAUGGCCAGGAAGCGGACGCCGCUCGGGGGUUAGUAAUGGUGACCUGUUUACCGGCACUGGGCACAGUCACGAACAUGAUUCAAACUGGUCUAGUACACCCGGAUGAAGUAAUUCAAUGCAUGGACGUAUGCACGAAACAAUGCGAAGACAUUCACUUUGUAGUUGCCCAGUCAUUACUAGAAUCCGCUCAAACUCGGAGCCGAAAACAAGAAUGA